AUGCGUCGUAAUAAUUAAGUUCCACAAAAGUAAUUAAUAAGCUAGUGGGCUGAAGGUCCAGUUAGCGACUAAGUCCUUGAACCAGGCCAUGGACGUGGAAUUUUCUGUCUUUCUAUUUAAGGUGACUCAUUAGUGACAGGUUCUGCUGAUCAUGGUUUAAGAGAAUAUAAUAUAUCUAACAAUUCUUAUAAGCGUGAAUUGUUUGCUAAAAAGUUUGGACAUACUGAAUGGGUAACUAGUGUAGAUCAUUUAUAAGAUGGAAGAGUAAUUUCUGCAGGUAUGGAUAGUUAACUAUGCCUUUGGGACAGAACAGGUGUAAGAUGUGAUCAUAUCCGUGGUCAUGAUGGAAGUAUUACUAAAGUUUUGGUUGAUGAAAACAAUGUAGCAGUUAGUGCUUCUUAUGAUUGUACUCUCUGUAUAUGGGAUCUUUAAUCUAAAAAUUAAGCAGCUAGACUUCAUGGACCACAUAAAGAUGCUGUUUUAGAUUUUACUUGGAAUAAUUCUUUAGUUGUAAGUGGUGAUAAGCAAGGUGUUAUUGCAAUUUGGGAUAUUAACUCUUAGACUGCAAUAAAGCAAGCAAAAAUUCACAAAGGAGCUGUCUCACAAGUAAUCUUAUAUUCAGAUGGAAACAAUCAUAACUAUAUAAUAUCUGCAGGGUUAAAUGAUGGUAUUGUAGCAUUCUAAGACAUGAGAACAAAUAAACUAGUUUAUAAUGAAUAAUUACAUAGAGGAGCUAUAAAUGGAUUGCAAACUAAUCUUGGUGGUUAAGUUAUCACUGGUAGUGCUGAUAAGACUUUAAGAGUAAUUGAUAUAUAAAGUGGCUUCAAGCCAUUGGCAAAUAUGAAAGCUACUGAUGCUGUAUUUUGCAUAGAAACAAUUUAUAAUUUAACAGUUGCAGGCUGUGGUGAUGGUAAUGUGUUAUGCUUUGAAAACGACACAGGCAAAUGCCUAUAUGGUUUUGGUGCUAUGAGCUAAGGUGUAGUUAGAUGCAUGAAAAUAAAUGAGAACAGUACAAAACUAGUAGCUUGUGGAGACGAUUUUAGCCCAAUGGUUAUAAGUUACGUUUGA